UGUCGGGGCAGAGAGACGAGAGGCCACGGCGAGCUGAAAGGUAUCCAAGCUAGAAAAGACACCUCUUUGUUCUUCGUUCAGAGGACCAUGUUUAGGAAGUGAACGACGGCAAUGGAAGGGAAAGGCCCGUACCGCAUCUAUGAUCCGGGUGGGAGUGAGGUCAAGGCCAGGGAGGAGGCCGGAGGGGGAAGCAGCUAUCGACAGCUACUGGAGGAGAACAGCAUACUGAGGGAGAGGAUGAAGGGGCUUAAGAGCCUAGGUGAUUUGCUGGAAGAGUCUCAAUCAGAGGCAUCAAGGCUUCGACAGAGAGUGGAGGAACUUGUAAGAGACAACGAGGCCCUCAAGUCCUCCAGCUUUGCAGCUAGUCUGUGUACUGGAGGGCCCGCUCAGACUGAGACACAAAAUCAGGGUAAACCCUGUUUGCACCCCACUGCUGAGCAGAAGGAGGAGCCAGCAAGCUGUUUAGGGAAGGCCCUCCAGCCCGAGAAGCCAAAUGAGGCCUUGUCAGAGUUUGAGGUGGUGAAUAUGGAGGGGAAGACAUCAGAAGCCUUGACUGCCGGGUCAGUGGCAGGAGUAAUCCCCCUUCUGCCUCAGGAGAACAUCGAGCUAGCAAGCCAGCUGAAGAGAUUAGAGAGCUCCUUCAGCAUAUUCGCAGAGGAGUCCAACCCAAACCAGCUGUUAGCUCACCUCGGUCGCAUGGCUGUGGAGUUUCACCAUCUUUCCUCUAAAGUCCAAAAGAAUGAACAGAGGACCUCCCUCCUACAGACUCUCUGUGAGCAGCUCAGGCAGGAGAACAAUGAGCUUCGAAAGAAAAUGGAAGAUGAUCAUCAUAUCAGGAAUCGAGACUUGGAACAGCUGAGACAGGAGAAUCAGAAAUUAAAGGAGCUGGUCACCGGAGGGCCAGCAGCAGCAGCAUCUGCAGCACUGUCUGACACUGAAGAGGCCAAAGAGGAGCCAGCGAAGGAGGAAUCAGCUGCUGUAAGACCUAAGAUGGAGGCCAGCACACCACAGAAGAGUGGAAAAGCUGCAGAGAAAACCCCAACUAAACCAUGUGAUGUAGAGGUGUAUGAAAAGAAGAUCAAGCUUUUGGAGAAGCAGAGAAAGGAUGUACUGGAGGUGAACAAGCAGUGGGACAUUCAGUGGAACUCCAUGAAGUCACAGUUUGAACAGAAGAUCACAGACCUCAGACAACGGCUCGCUGAGUCCCAGAAGACUGUGCUUGAACUGGAAGCGGAGCGAGAGCAGAGGCAGCGCGACUAUGACAAGAAGCUGCUGCUGGCCAAGUCCAAGAUUGAAAAUGUACAGGGGGAGAAGGAAUGUCUAAACUCUGAGACCACUGAGCUAAAGCAGAAGGUUCGCUACUUGCAGGAUCAACUGCUGCCCCUCAGCAAACAGAGAGAGUACCAGGAGAAGGAGAUCCAACGCCUCAACAGGGCUUUAGAAGAAGCCUUAAACCUGCACACCCCUUCAUCCUCCCAACAACCGCCUGGCCAGGGUAACUUUGCCGAUGCAGCCAAUAACCUGAAGAAACAGGAACUGCUCACUCAAAUUGCUGUACUAAAGGAACAGGUGAAAAUCUUUGAAGAAGACUUCAGAAAAGAGCGGAGUGACAGGGAGCGAAUGAAUGAGGAAAAAGAAGACUUGAGGCGACAAGUUGAGAGACUGCAGGGUCAGAUUACUAAUUUGACCAAUCAGCUUCAUCAGGCACAAAACGAGUGUCAGAGAGAACGCACAGAGAGGUGUAAACUGGAGCGACUGCAGAUGCAGCAUCACAAACAGGGGCAGCAGCAGGAAAGACGUACCUCAGACCCCACGUCAGGCUCAGUGAACGGCCCGCUGAGCCCUCCCUACUGUGGUCCCUUUGUGCAGGUGGGACCGCAGGGCCUUGAGGGCUGGCCCAUACACUUCCCUCCCCGGAUGCCCAAUGCAGCCGCAGCCGCCGCAGCACCGCCCCCUGUACGAGACUUCCAGCCUGUUACCCCGGGUUUUCCUUGGCAGUCGUCAUUCCCACAGUCCAGAGGGGCCAGAGCAGUAGGGGAGAGUUCAAGACCACCACCAGAGAAUGCAGAUCAGUCUGCAGCAGCAGCAGCAGCAGCAGCAGCUGCAGCCGCAGCAGCAGGAUUUGGAAAAAGGGAGCGACAGAACAUUGACCCUGGAAAGCACUAAAGCAUCACCGUACCCACCUAAUGGAAUUUGGGUAGUAGCAUGAAAUCAGUUUGUUUUUGAUUUGAAAAGGUGUGAUUUGAUCUAUAAUUUUCCUACUGAACUGUAGAUAUCCUAUUGUAAUGUUGUUUAUACUUGCGUUUUAUAAGGCUAUUUGUGAAACACUUCGCUAUUCUGAGUAUAUACAUGAAAUAUUAUUUAGAUUUUUUUUUAUCAGGAACUGAAGUCAUUGUUAAAUAGGUUUGAAUAAUUAACAUUGUUCUUUUUUUUCAGAAAAUAUACCUAUGUGAUUGUUUCUCUGCAGAUAUGUAACAACCUGACACUUAGUUUGUUACUUGUAGGGUUACAGGAAGCCAUUCCCCAAUAUGAAUAAGACUACAUAUACUCAUUCCAACAAUGAAUGAUUAUAUAGGUACAUUGAAUCAUAGAAUUUACAAUGUGAAUGUUAAUUGAUUUAUGAAGACUUCUUCAGUACCAUCGAUGUUAUAGAAACGUCCCAUAUGUGUAACUGUUCAAAAGUGGUUGUUGAAAUACAAAGAUUUUGGGAAAUGAAUUUUGAUGGUAUCAUACCAAAAAGAUGAUUGUGAUUAUUGAUAAUUUAUUUAUAACCUGCUGUUUUGAUAGUUGCAUUGACUAAGUGUAAAUCAUUGUCUUUAGUAAUGCUGUUCUUUCUAUGUUGUUAGUGUAAUCCCAAUAUAUUGUAGCUAUUGACAUUGUAUGUUUGUAUCAGACACAAUACACAAUGCACAGUACAUACGCAACCUUUUUUUUUUCUCCAUGAUGAUGGACCUAAUCUCAUUAAACACAACACUUCUACUUGA